AUGUUGCGGCAUUACAAUCGUGAUAUAACUGAAGUUGUUAGCACGCCUGAGUUGGAUGGUUCGUGUGUCAGUGAUGAAGAUUGCAGCGAAAUACAGCAUGCUAAAUGUUCGGAACAAAAAAAAUGUGUUUGUCGACCAAAUAAUAUCAGAAUCAAUGACACACACUGUGCACCGCCAUUAGGAGCAUUUUGUUGGAAAGACGAAAAGUGCGCAACUAAUAAUGCUGUUUGUAUAGACAACGAAUGCCAAUGUAGCAAACAGCAUAUCCAAAAUAAUAAUCAAUGCAUACUAAUUUAUUUGGGUAUUCAAUGUGAAGGCGACUCAUUUUGUCAGCGAUUUAUAAAUCAUUCCAAAUGUUCUGAGAGUGGAAAAUGUGUAUGCGACUCUAAUGACUAUAUAAUAGAUAAUAAUGCAUGCGUACCAAAGUUUAACGCAUAUUGUUUCACUGAUGAACCUUGUGCGACACACAACGCCAUGUGUAUUGAUAAUAAAUGUCAGUGUAAGCCUAAUCAUAUCUUUCGAGGAUCUCAAUGUUUUCCAAUCCAUUUGUUCGAAGAAUGUAAUACGCAUAGAGAUUGUCAUGAAAUCGAAUUUGCAAAGUGCUCGGAUUUGCAUCAAUGUAUUUGCAGAGAUAAAUACUUACCAAUUAACAAAUCAACUUGUGCACCAAGUUUAGGUGCAGCUUGUUCAAGAAAUGCUCCAUGCAUACCAACGAAUUUAAAGUGUACUCAAAAUAAAUGCCAAUACCCUGCAAAACCUAUUAUUCUAUCGAAUAAGGAACCCACAAAGUUAGGAACUUACUGUGAAAAUGAAGAAGAUUGCAGUGAUGUCUUGCAUGCAAUAUGUCCAGCGGAAAAACGUUGUGUUUGUAGAGAACAUAAUCGUGAAUUGAAUCACACAUAUUGUGCCCCAUCGUUGGGAGCAUUUUGUUGGAAGGAAGAAAAAUGUGCAACUGAUAAUGCUACUUGUAUUGACAGUCAAUGUCAAUGCAAUGAAAAUUAUCAUCAAUCUAAUGAUCAAUGCUUGCGACGUGAGUAUGCAUUUAACGCUAUUUAA